CGGGAGCAUCUCGUGUGAGCAUCUUCUUCUGCUAGCCGUGCCAACAAAGGUACUACUAGCUAGGCGCGACGCCAUGGGCGUCCCUCAAGCCUGACCAUGCAUUCCAGGCCGCUCAAGUGGCUCGCCAAGAGGAUCACGUGAGCCGCCGCGCGCCUGUGCGAAUGCGGGAGAUGGAUGCGCUGGCCGGCUGCUGCGCGCUCCUUCUGCUGGCUCUCCAUUGCGUCGUCACCGGCUGCUCGGCGAUCAACCUUGAAGGCUCAGCGCUGCUCAAGUUCAAGUCGAAGGUGUACGAGGAUCCGUAUGGCGCCAUGGCGAAUUGGACCCCGCGGGACGACGAUCCUUGCAGUUGGAACGGCGUCCGCUGCACCCAUGGCAGGGUUGUGAUGCUGAACCUAAAAGAUCUCUCAUUAAGAGGUACCCUCGGUCCAGAACUAGGAGGUCUUUGUCAUCUGCAAGCUCUUGUAUUGUCCAACAACUUGUUUGGUGGGGUAAUACCUAAGGAAAUCGGUGGUCUCGAUACGUUGGAGAUACUGGACUUAAGCAAUAACAACUUGACUGGGGAAGUUCCACAUGAGAUAGCAGAAAUGCCAUCACUUAAGCAUUUAUUGCUUUCCAACAAUAGAUUUCAGUGGCCUGUAAUCCGAAGUUCCUAUGGGAACUUUGAUCAGGAAAUUGAUUCUGAAACCUAUGAUCAUCACGGGAGGGGUAAUGUGAAUCAAAGAGCUGAUAAUGGGUUUGAGUCUGGUUCUUCAACAGAAGAAAACAAAAAAGACACCAGCAAUCUCUCCGCUCGUCUUCCUACACAAUUUACCGCAAGAAACCCAGCUGCACAGCUUAGCAGGCGCAGACUACUUCAGGAUAGCAAUCUUGCUGCGCCUUCUCCUGCUAAUGCUCCUAUUCCAGCUGUUGCUCCUGUUCCUUCUACUGGAAGUGGCUCAUUUUCAGCAUUUAGUCCUGUGAAAGCACCUGUACCUGCUGUAAAUCCUCAAAUUAGUCCACCCAUGUCUUCUGAUACGCCUUCAGAAGCAGGGUCUAAAGGAAGAUCUAUGAAGUGGUUAUAUGCAAUUUUGAUUCCAUCAAUUGCUCUGUUGCUUAUCAUCAUUGCAUGCAUGCUUUUGCUAUGCCGCAACAAGUCGGUGACAACAAUAGGUCCAUGGAAGACUGGACUCAGUGGCCAGCUCCAGAAGGCAUUUGUGACAGGAGUACCCAAGUUGCAACGCUCAGAGCUGGAAGGUGCUUGUGAGGACUUCAGUAACAUUGUGGCAAGCUAUCCACACUACACUGUCUACAAGGGUACCUUAUCAAGUGGAGUCGAGAUAGCAGUUGUAUCGACUGUGCUCGCGUCCAGUAAAGAUUGGUCAAAGCAUUCCGAGGGGAGAUUCAGGAAAAAGAUAGACUCGCUUUCACGAAUCAAUCAUAAGAACUUCAUCAACUUGCUUGGAUACUGCGAGGAGGAAGAGCCUUUCAUGAGGAUGAUGGUGCUAGAAUAUGCACCCAAUGGAACACUCUAUGAGCAUCUCCAUGUUGAGGGGUUUGAUCCUAUUGAUUGGAAUGGUAGGAUGAGAGUAAUUAUGGGAGUAGCAUACUGCAUCCAGCACAUGCAUGAGCUCAACCCUUCUAUAGCACACCCUGACCUACAGUCAAGUGCCAUAUUAUUAUCCGAGGAUGGAGCUGCAAAGAUAGCAGACACGAGUGUUUGGCAAGAAGUAAUUUCCAAAGAAAAGAUGCCCAAAAAUGACGAAAUCAUUGAGCACAAUGAGCCAAUAUCUGCUGACCCAGCUGGGAAUGUGUGCAGUUUUGGUCUACUCAUGUUGGAAAUCAUCUCAGGAAAACCUCCAUAUUGCGAACAUGAGGGCUCUCUUGUGAACAUGGCUAUGGAGUGCAUUAAGGAUGACCGGAGUAUAUCUUGUUUGCUUGAUCCUAACUUGAAGACUCACAAAGAGAACGAUCUAGAAAUCAUUUGCGAGUUGAUCCAGGAUUGCAUCCAAAGCGAUGUGAAGAAGAGACCAAGUAUGAGAGAGGUCACCACUAAGCUGCGAGAAGUGAUAGGGAUUUCACCGGAGGCAGCAACACCGAGACUAUCUCCGCUUUGGUGGGCAGAGCUCGAGAUACUUUCAGUUGAAGCAACCUAGGAAGAAACCUGUUCAUAUGUGGUAUGGUUUUCUUGCAGCAACACUGAGGUUCUGUGCAUACUGUCUUGCAACCUUGUACAUCUUUGUUGUGAGUUUCUGCUAUUCAGGCGAUUUCGGUGUUUGCGGGUGUUGCCUUCUCCUCCUCCCGUAAAAUCAAAAAUUUCGGGUUAUUCUUAUUUCUUCCGGACUUUUCUCUGUAUACUGAACGUACAUGGUGUGGAUGUAGAAUGAUUCAGGUCAUGCUAGAGUUGAUUGUAAUCAGGAGAUGUGUGAUUGUGUAUGUACCAUGGGGUUUACAGAAAUAUUCUUUGAUUUAA